AUGCCGCCGAUAUUUGGUGACAAACUGUUUCCGUAUAAUGUGUCCGACUCUAUCGGUAGACACCAGUUCAAUCCUAAACUACAGUUGCUUAUUGGCCAUACAGAGAUGGAAGGCCUAAAGCUUGCUCAGAUUACCGAUCAAUAUGUCGGCCUAGGAGGCAGAUAUACGAGACAAUCGGUUUUGGCAGCACCUACUAGUGUGACCAAACAACAGGUGGCUUCCGAUAUCAGAAAGUUAAUACCGCCGGGACUACUGUGCGAACGGGAUGUGCGCCGUAUUGUCGACGAGUAUACACGCGGUGCGAAAGUAGGCGGUAAGCGUAAUAGUGGACAGUUGUUGGUCAGGUCGUGUUAUAUGGCCGGCGAUAUUGUUACCACAUGUUUGCCGGUACUGUUUGGCAGCCAAUUGAUUGAAUCGGACAGUUUUCGGCGGACUGGUGGUAAUAUUUAUGGCUAUAAGUUGUCGUACACUCCGAGCACAUCCAAGGCUUACGGUAGCCGUUGGGCCCGAACAGAUCACGACGACGACGUGCCGCUCAUGUUUGGACAACCGUUUUAUCUGACUGGCCAUCGUUGGACAGCCGACGAUCGGAAAAUGAGUUCUGCGAUGCUGAAAAUAUGGACCGAUUUUGCUAAAUACGGUAAGCCUGAACCGUCCAACAGUAGUGGCCAUCAAUGGCCAAAAUAUGAGAUUAAUCGAUCCAAUGGUGCGGUUAAUGUGUCUUACGUAGAACUGAAUCCACUGUUUCCGGGUAACCGAGCGAUCCGUUUGAACCGAUAUCGAGGACACGACGGCUACAUACCUAAUGUUUUACAUAAUUGUCUCGGCUUUUGGCGGCCACUUCUCAGCGAUAACUAUCAGUGCAACUAA